CGCUCCCAUGGCAUAUGGAGGUUCCCAGGCUAGGGGUUGAAUCCGAGCUGUAGCCACUGGCCUAUGCAACAGCAACACGAGAUCCAAGCCACAUCUGCAACCUACACCACAGCUCACGGCAACGCCGGGUCCCCAACCCACUAAGCAAGGCCAGGGAUCGAACCUGCAACCUCAUGGUUCCUAGUCGGAUUCGUUAACCACUGAGCCACAACAGGAACUCCUAUAAUGUUUUAAAAGGCAAUAGGGAGUACUAUGAUCAGCAACAGCUAGCCAGCUAGUUCACAGAUGACAAGGUAUGGUAGCCAGAAGCCAGGGUUCAGUAGAGCAAAGACAGAACAGGAGUGGAAGCUCUUAAAAUUGAGUCAGGUACCCAAGAAGGAAGGAGAAAGUAAAGGAAGAAGCAGAUAGCUCAGUCUCCAGGCAUUCUUUCUGCCAUAGAGCUCUAUGCUAUCUUUCCUCUCCCCAGACGAUGCUUAUUACAGACAUGCAUGUGACUCACUCAGUCACCUUUCAGUUUUUGUUUAGAGGUCACUUUUCCAUUGAAGCCCAUUUAAAAAUCACGACACACUUCUCCAUUCUGCACUCCCCUUCACAUACACAAAUUCCCUAUCCUGAUCCUAUUAAUUUCCAUCAACCUUAGUAAAUUUCUAACAUUUUACAUAUAUAUAUAUGCAUUUACUUUUUAUUAUCUAUCUCCUCCAGGAGAAUGUAAACUCAAUUUAACAGAAAUUAUUUUAGUCUGUUUUGUACACCGAUAUAGCCCAAGCAUUUAGAACAGCGUCUGGCACAUAGUAUUAUUUGAUAACUAUGUAUCGAAUUAAAAGAAGUUAUAUAGGGUUGAGAAAAACUUGAGCACAUUUAUGUCUUAGGAAGAAACAAAGAUUCUUCAAACAAUGGAGCAAAAUAUUAUAUAUUUCUUAAGAAACAUACCCUAUGAAAUGGCAGCACUAUGCUUUGAUUUCCUGUUUGUUUUGCUGCGUUAGCAAUUUUCCCUAAUGUUUAACAGGUUUUCUAACCAUGUCUUCCUCUUUAGAUUAUUUUCUUUUCGGCCAACACUUUUUUCCCUCAUCUGCAUAAGUAAAACAUUGGGCUUUUUUUGAUCAGUGAAAUAUAAUAUUCUCUAUUUCCUGUUAUUUCCCUCCUUUAAAAAUGAUAUUCUGUAUCAUUCUCAUUCUCUGAGAUUGCUAAACUUUUAUUCAGAUUAGAAAAGUAAAGCUCCUUUGACUCUAAUUCCAAACUAACCCAUAUUAUAACUUUUUUUAAUUCUAAAGUAAACUUUAUGAAAUUAAGACUGUUACCAAAAGGUCCUUAUGUAUUUAGCAAUUUCAGCUUUUUUGAGUCUUCAGUAUAUAUAGUUUCACUUUGUAUACAUGCUCUAAGUGGCUUGCAAUGAGACCUAAUCAAAAAAAAUUGGGACAAAAAAUGGAUAAUGUACAUUGGUCAUUUAAGAAUCACCCUCGGAGACUAGAAGUUUUUGCAGGCAUUCUCCAGUAAUAAUCAGAUUUCAAUCACUGACUUCAGAGUAAAAUCCAAAAACAAUCCAAAUAAGACAAACUUGAGGAUUUUUAAGAGCCACAAAGAUCACUGUUAGAAGGAGGGAAAAAAAAAAAGACUAGAAGCAGAAAGAAAUCUGGAAAGGUUAAAUCUACAAAAGUGCUGGAAUACAUAGAGUAGAUCAAAUUCAUCCUUUGCUGGUGUUGUUAUUGUUACAGUAGCUUUGUGUUCAUCUUGAUUGCAACUACCGUCUUCUUUAUGACUUUAGUUUCCUCUUGGUUUUUUCGAUGCCCAGAAGAAAUAUUUGUUUUGGUGACGUAAAUUUGACUUUUUUUCUUCCCACUGCUAAAUCUUUGUCAGAUUAAACUGUGAAAGGAAAUAAGUAAACCUGAUGGCAAACCUGUUCUUGCAAGUAGAUCUCUUUGGCAGUUCUCUUUCGGUACUUUUUCUGUUGUAUGCAGCUAAUUCAAUAUACCAUAUCAGUAAAGGGAAUUAACUGGACCUCCGAUGACUAACAAUACAUCCGUUAGUGUACAAAUGGACUGGAUGAUGCAAACCACACAAGCUGCAGCUGGUAGCUAUGUGGGCAGUAUUUUUCUCUUAGACUAGCCAAUACUCAAUACAGAAGUAGCUCAGUGAGUCUCAGAGGGAACAUUUCAAUACGAAACAUAAAAUGAGGAACUGCGAAUUUGUAGUGGAUUCUGAUUAUUUAGAAUUACAGAUUUUAAGGAAUGAAAUGAAAGAGGAGGAAACAGGAAAAAAUUAAUCAGGUAUCUUGGGUUUCUUGGUUCCAUCCUUUCCUACAUCUUCAGAAGAAUUUAACAUGUUAUCUAUUAAUAUAUAAAUAUGUUCUAGGACCUCUCACACAUGAAAACUUUCCAUUAUUUAUUUAUUUAUUUAUUGUCUUUUUAGGGUUGCAUAUGGAGGUUCUCAGACUAGGAGUCGAAUUGGAGCUGUAGUCUUUGGCCUAUGCCACAGCCACAGCAACACAAGAUCCAAGUCUCAUCUUCGACCUACACUAUAGCUCAGGCCAAUGCCAGAUGCUUAACCCACUGAACAAGGCCAGGGAUUGAACCUGCGUCCUCAGGGAUUCUACUCAGAUUCGUUUCAGCUGAGUCAUGACAGGAACUCCUCCAUUAUGUUUCACAUGCCUUUCAAACCACUACCUGAUUUCUUUUAUCUUUACCAGGCAUCUGAAAAGUUGUGUCCUCUCACUGUGUGUCCAUCUUUCCUUACAUGCCACAGCUGGAAUAGUGCUUCUAAUUACACUGCUUUUCUCAAACUGUUUUCAUGAGGGCCAUACACACUCUCCACUGGGCCAAAUUCAGUGGUCAUGCCUUUCAGUAUUCACUUUGUUCAAUUUCUAUGUGACAUUUGGAAAUACUACUUAAUCUAUUUUGAAGUUCUAUCUCUCUUGGUUUUCUGGGAAGCUGGCUUCUGCCUCUCCUACUUCACUGCCUAUGAUUUGUCAGUUUGUUGGUUGGCACCCAAUUCUCCAUCUACCCUUAAUGCCCAUGUCUCAAGUUUUCUCAUGGUAUUGUCUCUCUCUCUCUUCUUUCUUCAAAGUUGCAGGUUGAAUGAUUUCAUUCAUUUACAUGGCUCAAGCAAUCAUUGAUAUCUUGACAUACCUCUUUCCAUCAGACUUCCUGAUGGUCUGAUGUAGCUAUUUUGAUUCAAUCUUCAGAAAAAACUUUUUUAUUUUAAUUCCUGUAAUGCUCAAAACUGGCAAUCUUACUCCAUCCCUGGGCUGCAUGAAAUUAAAUGUUUCAUUGUUGAACUCCAAUCAGUCAUAUAAUGCUUAAGCCAUUACAGUUUCUAGAAAACACACUGGAAUCCUUUUAUGAAGCUAGGAAAAUCUGACAAAUUCCCAAAUCCUCUUAUGAAGCUAAGAAAACCUGGCCAAAAUAGCCCCAGCUCAGUUGAAUAUAAUAUGAAGAACAAACAUACCUCAAUCAUGAAUAUAGUUGCAAAAUUCUAAGUUAAAUAUUAGCAACUUGAAUUUAACAUCAUGGUAAAUUUGUGGUUUCUUCAGGAAUGCAACAAGAAAAAACAUGACCUUGUAAAUAGAUGUUAAGUAGUCAUUUGAUAAAAUUGAAAAUUCAUUCUCAAGCUCAGGCUUGAAAUGCAAACAAAUAUGAUUAGAACUAUAGGUUAUCCACUUAUAGAUAUUUUUCUCUUUUUUUUUUUCUUUUGACCACACCCAAGGCAUGUGGACAUUCUCAAGCCAAUGAUAGAACUUCAGUCACAGCAGCAACCCAAGCCACUAUAGUGACAAUACUGGAUCCCUAUCCUGCUGUGCCACAAUAGAACUUCUAUUUUUCUGCUGAACAGAUAAAUGUCCUUUUGGAGUCCUUUUUUGGACUCUAAUUUCACUAAUUUUUAAAAAGGGUCUAGAUAGUCAAUCCUCUGCUUUAAAAUAUAUCUCUACAUUUCCUUUUCAUAAUAUUCUUUUUCCUUGUAAUUACACAUUUAACAUCUGUUUUCUCCACCAGACUUAAACCACCUUGAAGAUAUGCAUUAUUAUGCACAAAGAGUAGCUUAAUAAAUGCGAGUAUGCAUGACCAGUUACAGAAUUUGUGGGUUCAAUACAAAGUGAAAAUGAGAGUACCCUUGUCCAAAAAUAAUUAAGAAUUUCAAGACAAUGAGUACCGAGAAUUAAACCAAGCCCAGGGCCCUUCUAAGCACAGGCCCCAUGUGUUCUACACAGAACACAUGCCCAUAAAGAAGUCCAAUAAGUGUGUGUGUGUGUGUGUGUGUGUGUGUGUGUGUGUUUGAAAUAUGUUGAAUAUUAUGCUUGGAAAAUUAAAUUAUAGGAAAGUCAAAAAAUAUCUAUAGACAGAAUGAUAGCUAGCAUUCAGAUCUCAAACUAUAUGGUCAUGUUAAGCUGGUUAAAAAUAGUUCAGAUCAUUGUCAAGAAAAGAUGUUUAGGUUACCAAUAAUGACUAUUUUGAUUGAAGAUUAUAGAACAUUUAAAAAGACAUUGGUUAACCUUUAACAAUUCUCUCUCUAAAUUGACAUUCAUGUUGUUUUACUUGCAUUUUUUUUUGAGUACAUGGUAUUAUUCAUUCCAAGAAUGUUGUCUUCUCUCUUAAUAUUUUUUUAUUUAUUGGUUAUAAUUCAUAAACUUUAUAUACUAUUUUGUUUCUUUAUUGACUUUUCUGCACAAUUCAUUGUCUAGGAGUGAGCAUAAUGGUAACCACUCCAUUUUUCUAAUCACAAAAUAUUGGCAUAUAAAAAUUCACAAAACAUUUUAUCCUUAUCUAUCUGUCUUAUGAAAAUAAUAUUCAGCCUAUCAAAAUCUCAAUCACAAAUUUAAGACCACAUUUUGGACUUUUUUUCAAAUGGUAUUAAUUCUACCAUAGACAGAAAAAUAAUUUGAUGUAGCUGGAGUGUGCCCAUCUUCAUGUCACAAUAAAAAUGCCAAAUCCUUUACAUUUUCUUUAGAGUGAUUUUUCACACUUGGGGCCAGAGUCCAGUGAGGAAUUUACAUCUCCUCUCCUGGUGUUCUGAAUAAUUUCCCCUCAUGCUUCCCAAAAGUUUGCUUAAGCACGAGCCCUUGUUCAACCAGGUUUUAUGGUGACCGCAUGAAACAGGAAGACAGAUUUCCUGUUGAGCAAGUUAUUGAUGGAUGCUCUUUUAUCUGUCCCUGGAAAGUUUUUUUUUUUUUUUUUUUAAGUGUAAGCUGCAUGCAAUUACAUAUCUUAAUACUGCUUUCAAGAAUUUGAAAUAAAUCAAUAACCAACCUUGUGUUUAGUUAUAGAAGUCACUUUUAUAGUCCAGCCUCCUAUUUCUCUACACCCCACCUCCACCUUGGUGUCAUUCCCAUGGAAAUACUUGGCUUCCCCCGCCUUCCCAAUCUGCCUCCUGUUCUCAUUUGCUUCUCUCGUUCUCUUCCCCUUUCCUUCUAUUUCUUUUCUGCCUCCACAUCCUUUCUUUCCACACAUAUUCCCAUUCAUCCAUCUCCCUCAACUGUGCUCUCUCAUUCUUUCACUUUCUGGAUGGCUUUGUUGUGCUAGAUACUCUUUUAAGUGGAAGUCAGCUUGGCUGGGCAUAAAGAGGAAAAAGGACAUGCACUGUAGAGGGGGUCAGAGAGGGCAGUGGGACCCAGAUCAUACAGGGACUUGAAAGCCUGGUGUGCAGAAAGAAGUGACCAGAAGGUGGUCACAGAGGGUGGCAAAUGUUAAUCGGAUGUCCUGCUGCUAUGAAGAGAAUGUAGGGGGUGUGGGCAAGAGCAAGAACUGGAAGAUUCCCUAGACAGCAGGGUUUUAAUGGUUAACCAACAGGCAAGUCACAGAGCAGAUUCAGAAUGGACUCAGGAUUUAUUUUAGAGGUAGAGUUGACAGAACCUGCCUAUAGAUUGAGGGUGGGAAGUGAGACUAAAAGAGGUGUCAGAAAUCCAAGCUUCAGCCUUAAGUGGGGCUGUUUCACCGUCUAUUUCAUUGUUUUUGUCUUUCUCCCUUUUUUUCCCCUCUUUUCUUUGUUCACACUAGAACAAAGAACCUGGAGCGCUCACAUUCCCAGGGUAAUGAAUCUCACUUGGGUCUCAAUUUAUAACUCACAAACUCCAGAAAGCUUUCCUGAGGUCCCCACACUGGGACAAAGGCACAUCCACAUGAUACAUGGCCCUGUCUCUCUCCUGGCAUUAAUUUCUACAUUGUUCACAAGGAUUUUUAACACAGGAAUUCCAAGUUGUGGACUCUUGAGCCGGUAUAGAGUAGGUUUGGAUCCAAGCUCUGUUACUAACCAGCUAAGUGAAUGCUGGCAAAUGCUUAAGGAAGUCUCAGUUCCCACAUCUGUCAACUGCAGAUAACAAAAUGGUCUACCACCAAGAAAAUUUUGUAUGAGAGGAUAUACAUAAAAUGCUUAGCACAAUACUAACACAGAGCAAAGGCUAAAUAAAUGAGAGCCAUAAUAUUAUCACUGUUAUUACUUUACAUUACCCACCUUCACUUAAGCAACACUUUUGUGGAAUAUCAGAAAUCAAACAGAAACAGAAAAAUACCUAAAUAAUUCAGUCCUGGAAAAAAUAAAUGAACUCCUCUGUAACACAGUCAAGAUGGAUAAUUUAAUUUAUGAGCCAAUUCAGAUAGAUGCAGUCAUUGUCAUUAACUAUUAUAGUCAGUCUCCACUCCCUUCCAAAGAUAGCAUUUACCAGAUUAGGCGGACCCACCUGAUUAUUUUUCUUUGAGGUCUCACCUGGGCAGGUGCAUAUACAAAAGACAGAGAGGAAAGUGACUUGAGCAGUAGGAGAGACUGAGGGCGUGUCCCUCUUAACAAUUCUUUACUUCCUUUUUUUUUUUUUUUCCCACUAUGCUACUUGGCAUGGUCCACUACAUCCGCGGCAAAAGCUGCACCGCCUCUUCCCUGACGUCCACUUGCAAUAGCCCAGCUUUCGCCCUACACAUUUGUGGCUUCCGUGGACAUAUUAGCAACCGAUGCUUUUAGAUCUUAGUAAAAGCUAGCUUUGUCAAGGCGGCAAGAGGUCAUCUGGAGUCUCUUGCUUCGAAUAGCCCUGAUUCAGAAAGCCAACUCAUUCCUUCUGCGGUGCUUUGGGAAUUCGCGCCCUCCUCUGGUCUUGGUCCAGGCGCACAGGAAGCGCUAGGGGAGGACGCAGGUGACCAGGGGGCGGUGAAGGAGCCACAGCGAUUAACUCAAAAGAUUGAACCUGCAGACCAAGCUCAAAGUAGAAACUGAAAGUACACCGCCGGCUGAUCCUACGGAAGUUAUGGGAAAGGCAAAGCGCAGAGCCGGGCCGUGGUGUGUGCCGCCCCCUCGGGGAUGGAUGAAACAGAAGGCGCGGCGUGGGUAGGAGGAACCAGCGGCAGAGACAGCCCUACCCGGCGUGGACUCUCGGCAACUCCGCGGAAGACCAGGGUCCGGGGAGUGACUAUGGGCGGUGAGAGCUUGCUCCUGCUGCAGUUGCGGUCAUCAUGACCACGCCCGCCUCCCGCAGACCAUGUUCCAUGUUUCUUUUAGGUAUAUCUUCGGAAUUCCUCCCCUGAUCCUUGUUCUGUUGCCAGUAGCAUCAUCUGAUUGUGAUAUUGAAGGUAAAGACGGCGGAGUGUAUCAGAAUGUUCUAAUGGUCAGCAUCGAUGACUUGGAAGCUUCAUUUUUAUAUCGUGCUGCUCGAAAGUUGAAGCAAUUUAUUAAAAUGAAUAUCAGUGAGGAGUUCAAUCACCAUCUAUCAACAGUUUCACAGGGCACAUUAACACUGUUCAACUGCACCAGCAAGGUUAAAGGAAGAAAACCACCUUCCCUGGGUGAAGCCCAACUCACUAAGAACUUGGAAGAAAAUAAAUCUUUAAAGGAACAGAAAAGACAGGGGGACUUGUGUUUCCUAAAGAUACUACUACAGAAGAUAAAAACUUGUUGGAAUAAAAUUUUGAGGGGUGCUAAAGAAUAUUGAGAGAUGUGGAGUGGCAAUAUAAAAACUCAAGAGUUUUAAUUGUAUCCUCCAAGAAUCUAUCUGCUCAUGCAAUUCCCCGGGGUAAAGUGCCUCCUGGAAGUGACUGAACGCAUGAUGGUAAAAAUGGAAUGGAUUACAUUAAUACUAGUGCUAGAAGAUGGACAUAAACAAUGGAAACCAAAUGCUGCAAUCAACAAACUGUUGCACAUGUAUGUGGACAUGUACCAAUUGGUAUUAAUUCCCAGCUGAUUUUAGUAAGACAAUCCAUGUAAGAUAUUAGUUGCAAUAAUACUUUUUAAAUCUGUUUAAAAUGUUCAGAAGAAGACAUGUAAGUUCUAUGAAGUAUAUACAGGGUACAAGGAUUAAAAAUCAACAUUGAAUUAUUGCCAAAAUAGCUUCAUGGCCCACUAUGCAUCGGUAUACUGCAGUGAGAGUGGAAAUUGUCUUCUGUGCUAGAAGUGUUUCCAAGUUAACAGUGAGAUACGGAUAAGGUGCAUGAGAACAAGAGUCAUGCACCUUAAAGAAGCAGUAAGCAUAGGAAAGGAGUCCAUGAUACUUAAGAGAGGUAUCAAGAGAUGUAAUUAAACAUGAAUGUAUAACACAGUGCCUUUAAUAAAUGAUUCAGCAAAUGUUUUAAAAUGAAAAUAAAGAAUAAUUUCACAAAAAAAGUCAUCUGUUCCAAGGAUGCUAAACCAUAGUACUGAAUUACUUUUGUCAUUUAUGUGUAAUAAAAAUUGUCUAAAUGAGUUUGCCAUUUGGGAAGUAUAUUUUUAAGAGAAUAAUAUAUGUUGGCCUUUUAAUUAAUGGACUGUAUAUUUAAUUUUGACAGUAUAUCUGUAUAUAAAAUAGUUUCAUACCAUAUUACAAAUUGCUUCCUUUGGAUAACAUUUCUCCUGUGAUAAUAAAUGAUCUAUGUGUUAA